UCCAGUAGUCUAAUAGAAGUGCACACUCCAAAGUCUUACUUCCUAUUCGCGUCUAGAUACGAAUGAACUGUUUGAACAUCAAAGAAAACAGAAACAGAAGUCCAUGAGAUUAUGGAGGAGAGUCUGGAUGGUCUGUCUGAUGUGCAGGAGUUGCACAAGGAAGUUAUGAGAAACUAUGUGGAGGAGUCCACCCAGGUCAGCUCCCUUUUAAAAGGUCAAUCAAUCAAAGAUGUGAUUUUAAACAAAUGCUACAUUCCCCUUACAGUCAGCGUGGAGAAGAGAUCGGCUCGGACGCACAGCUUGCGUAAGACCUCGGACUUGGAAAGAGUGAUUUCGCAAGAGUUUGGUGCAGACACCGAGGGUGGUAAGUUGCUCCUAUGUGGAGGACCAGGGAUGGGCAAGACCACCGCAGUGGAACAGCUCAUCUGGAACUGGGCCUCUGGGAUCCAUCUUCAGCGCUACACCUUUAUCAUGCGUUUGUGUUCCAAAGUGCUGCGUGGACCUGAACAGAGUUUGCAGAGCAUGCUUCUCAGCACGCAUCCUCAUAUCUCCGCUGAACAUCUUGAGAUCAUCUUGAAGACGCCUCGCACGUUACUUUUGGUGUUCGACGAUGUCCAGAGCCUUCUGUCUAAUCCUCCUGAAUCUGAUAAACUGGUGUGUGACCCAGAUCAGCCAGCAGGGGGCACAGUGUUGGUGCACAGUUUACUAGAGGGGACUUUGCUGCCUGGUGUGUCAUUAUUGCUCACGUCUAGAGAAGAUCUAGAGUCGGAUUCUGUGCGUCUUGCUCACCUGAUGGGUUUCUCCAGCUCGCAAAGGAAAGCGUACUUCCAGCGCUUCUUCGACGGCAAGAAUAAGGGAAAGCAGAUUCUCCAUCGCUGCGAACAAGCUGUGGGAGUCAACGAGAUUUGUGCAAGUCCUGGAUUGUGCUGGACAUUGUGCUGUGUGUGCAAAGGGCGACUACAACAUGAACGUUGUGUCCCAGAGACCUUGAGUGAGCUCUACUGCAUGAUCAUGCACACACUACUGCAGGAACACAAGGUGAAUGUGGAGACGGCAAAGGAGCUGGUAUAUGGUUUGGGGAAACUCUCAGAAGAGUGCACAUCUGACACCUUCACACACUCUGACAUCAUCAAAUGUGGCCUUCGACCCUUCCUGGGCUCCCAGAUCCUGUCCGCUAUCCUGCGAGUCGACGCUGAUGAUGUCACGUCCCCAGAUGCAACAUUCUCCUUCAUGUCUCCGACACUGAGAGACUUUCUAAAAGCAGUCUUUUUUUACCUUGACCAGGAUGACACAAGGAGCCUAGAAAAUCCCAUGGAAAUCCACAACUACCACUUUUUUCUGGCCGGGCUUUCAGACCCUAUGCAGCGGAAGCUUCUGGAAACCUGCAUAGGCCACUUGAGCAGCAGCCGUCUCUCAGAGUUCCACAGCUGGCUCAUGAGGACAGUCGCAGAGGUUCUCCCGGAAAUAGACAAAACAAGUCACUGGCAUGUUUUGCGUAUCCUCCACCACACGCUCAGCCCUACGUUGAUCAGAGAGAGCGUAGGGUCAUGUAAGUGGAGAUUGAUCGGAUAUGGUGACAUGCAGGAUGCAGACUGUGCUGCGAUGGCGUUUGUAGUGCGAUGCUUAGGAGAACUGCAGGAACUGAACCUUUACAACAGCUCGCUCACCGAGGAGCAAGCGGAGAAACUCCUGACUGUCUUCCGUUUGGCCGAAAGCAUCAACUUAAGUCAGAGCAAAAUGGGUAUAGGAGUGAUCAGACAUGUUGCUCGGGCGCUGAAGGACGGACGGGUCACCAAUAUCGACCUGAAACACUGCAAACUGGGAGACCAGGCGAUAACCAUCCUGUGUUCCUCCAUCACACACUCCAGGCUGCACAGACUCGACUUGUGGGACUGUGGCGUGACACUGGAGUCCAGUCAGGCAAUUGCUGAGAUGUUGUCUCGUUCUAACCUGCGUGAUUUGAACCUGGGAGCAAACGACCUAAACGACGAGGGACUCAUCCGGCUCGUCGCUGCGCUCGAGACGACGUCCACGUGCACGCUGCAGACGCUUGGGUUCGAUCUUUUCUUAUGCACACGGUUUUAUUUACAGUCCUGGGUUUAUUUUGGAUACAUUAAGUCAGGUUGUCUGUCCCUGUGCUUGUGUGUGUUGUACAGUUUGGAUCUCUGUCCAUUGACCGGAUCAUGCUUGUCUGCGUUGUCGUCGGGCCUGACGUCUUCACUGUCUGAGCUGAGGAACCUGGUCCUGAGAAGGAACAGUCUGGGUGAUGACACUCUGGAACAUCUCUCACAAGCGCUACGAAGUGGCCGCUGCAAACUCAACACGCUGAGUUUAUAUUCUUGUAAGCUGACGGGCUCUUGCGGCCCGGCCCUUGCAGCCGCGCUUCGAUCAGAACACUGCUGUCUGACCGACCUGGACCUGAGUGUGAACGAGUUUGAUGAAUCAUGUGCUCUUCUUAUCUGCGAUGCCCUGAAAUCUCCCAACUGUUUAUUGGAGAAGUUAUGCAUGGCUGCGUGUGAGCUGACAGGGCCGGUGUUCAGCGCACUGAGCAGUGUGUUGGUGUGUGAAGCUUCCAGGUUAAAGGAACUUUCCAUCGGAAUAAACCGAGUAGGAGACGCUGCAGUCAAACACAUCUUGAAGGCUCUGAAACACCCUCAGUGUCGACUACAGCACCUUGAUCUCGAGAUGGUGGAUUUAACGGAUGCCUGUCUCGACGAGCUGUGUGAAGCCGUCACGGCUUGUAGCUCCUUAACGAGCCUGAUUCUGAAGAACAACAGCCUGACCGACAGCUCAGUUCCCAGAUUAGUGAAGCUCGUUCAAGAGCGUCCAGUUCUAGAACUGAACGUGCAGUAUAAUGACUUCAGCGAGGACGUGUUUGAGCUGAUGGACGACUACAAAACGAUACAAUAUUAACACAGCGUGUGAUUUCACACAGCUAGGAGAAGCUUAUAGGCUGGUGGUGUUAGUUUCCCAGACUCUGCUAUAUGUUAAGUAUCUGGGUUGAAGAAGAGAUCAGCUUGGAUGUCUGCAGAUUGACAUCUUAUUCACAUCCUACCACAUACACAUAUAGUGAAAACUGUAUUAGGUUGAAAAACACACACAGCAGAAUUGUUUAUACAUUACAUGAUGGACUGUAUUUAAUUCAUCUUGGUACGUUGACAAGCUAAAUCUGAAGCACAGGUAUAGCCGUAGCCAAAAGCUUUGAAUAUGACGCAAAUAUUCAUUUUCAAAAAGGCUCCUGCUUCAGUGUUUUUAGUUCCCUUUUUUUUUCUUUGUCAGAUAUUACUAUUGUAUACUGGUAUAUUUACGCAAAGAGUCAUUAUUUUUUCCCCCCCAAGACCUCUGCAAUUCACCUGCUGGCAUGCUGUCAAUCAAAUUCUGGGCCACAUCCUGAUUGAUGGCAGCUUAUUCCUGCAUAAUUAAUCCUUGGAGUUUGUCAGAAUUAGUAUUUUGUUUGUUCAAUGAGAUUAGGGUCUGUGCAGUUUCCCGAUGUUUUAUUCCCAGAGCCAGUUAUCACUUUUGCAUCAUGGCAAGGUGCUUCAGCAUGCGGGAAAAGGCACUGCUCGUCACCGAACUAUUCUUGGAUGGUUGUGAGAACACAGAAAACUGCUCUAAAUAUUUGCUUAAAUUCACUUCAGCGUUGCGACAUACACUCUAAACACAUGUAAUGACAUGGUACAACAAUAGCUAGGCCAAAUUAAUAAUACCAGUAACAAAGCACAACAACAGAAUACCGCCACCUACUGGACACGAGGGUCAAUGAAGGAAGGCCUCAAGGUACAACUUUUCAUGUUUUAUUUUUUUUGGAACAGAUAUUUAC